UAAAUUAAGUAAAACCUUUUUGUGUAACAGUAAACAUUAUUUAUAAUGGAUGCAUGAGUUAAUGAGAUAAUUAUUUUCUGUGGUAAUAAACAUUAUAUCACAAAUUACUAUCAACCAUCUUAGCUUGUCCUGAACCCACAGCAUUCCUUUAUGUAGAUUUUCCAGUCCAGGCCAUCCGUCCCAAUCCGACUUCGGACACCAGCCCUUGGAAAACACAAUGGACCACAUCGUGACAUGAUGAAUUGACAGCUUUUUAUGUUUGCUGAGACAUUAAUAACCCUGAAUAUUUGGCAGUUAAGGGUGUCUUUUGUAUGUUUUAUUUGUAUUUUUGGCUGUGCUACAGCAUAAACUGAAGUAACUUUUUGUCCCACUAUGUUUUUAUGUUUUGUAACAGGAAAUGUGUAAAAGUUUGAACUAUGUGAUUUUCCUGUUCUAUUUCUCUGUUGUGGCUUUAUUUCAUUGUGUUCGAGCGAUUGAAAGUAAUACGCGUUCCCAUGCUUGUUAUUAAUUUAGAAGAAGACCUUCAUAUUCUUUUCCGUUUCUAAACUUUGUGACGAAGCCAGUCAGAAUAAUACGAGUCGGCGCUCUUAGAGUUCAAAAGGUCGUCUGGGUUUGAAGGUUUGAUUCUGUGGCAAAGAGAAAGAAACACAGGGCAAGUCACACAUGACUGGUAUGUUUAGUGAUCUCUGUUUGUCUCUGUCUGUCUCUCACCCUGCAGUAGGAAUAUGGGGAAUAAGCCAGCUAACAGUCCUAAGGGUCAGCCGCCAGACGCAGACGGUCAUUCCUCAGUGUCUGACCUUGCCAACUCGCUCACUGGAGACAUGGUGAUGUUGUCUCCGGGGUCGGAAGACGACGACCACGAAGGUCCAGUGAGCGAGAAACUGGGCAGGAUUCAGUUCAGCUUGGGCUACAGCUUCCAAGACACGACUCUGACGGUGAAGAUACUCAAAGGUCAAGACCUGCCCGCUAAAGACUUCUCUGGGACGUCCGACCCCUUCGUUAAAAUCUACCUACUGCCCGACAGAAAGCACAAACUCGAGACCAAAAUCAAGAGGAAAAAUCUCAACCCUCACUGGAACGAAACCUUCCUGUUUGAAGGAUUCCCGUAUGAGAAGGUGCGGGAGAGAACGCUGUAUCUCCAGGUGCUGGAUUACGAUCGGUUCAGUCGUAAUGACCCGAUCGGAGAGGUCUCGAUUCCUCUGAAUAAAGUGGAGCUCGGACAGCUGAAGACGUUCUGGAAGGAUCUCAAACCCUGCAGUGAUGGCAGCGGAAGUCGUGGAGAUCUGCUGUUGUCUCUGUGUUAUAACCCCACUGCCAACACCAUCACUGUUAACAUCAUAAAAGCUCGCAACCUCAAAGCCAUGGACAUCGGGGGCACCUCAGACCCCUAUGUAAAAGUAUGGCUAAUGCACAAAGACAAGCGAGUGGAGAAGAAGAAGACAGUGACCAUCAAACGCUGCCUGAACCCCAUUUUUAACGAAUCCUUCCCUUUUGACGUGCCCGCACAUGUUCUCCGAGAGACAACCAUCAUCAUUACCGUCAUGGAUAAGGAUCGACUGAGCCGCAACGAUGUCAUUGGAAAGGUAUAUACAU